AUGUCCCAAUCCACUGUUCCUCAUGCCUCCGCUCAAGCGUCCGGCCUCACCUCCUCCGAUGCCACCAGCGCCGCCGAACUCGCCAGUCUUAAGGUAAAGCUGCGCGCUGCCCUGCGUCAAUUCCCAGACUUCCCCUCCCCAGGAAUUUUGUUUGAGGAUAUCCUCCCUAUCUUUGCCGAUCCCACUCUUCAUGAGGCUCUCAUCCGUUCCCUGGAGCUCCAUGUUCGCGCCAACUACGGUGACAAGAAGCCCGAUGUCAUCGUUGGUCUUGAGGCCCGUGGCUUCCUGAUGGGUCCCAGUCUGGCUCUGCGCCUUGGUGCCGGCUUCGUCCCUGUGCGCAAGCAGGGCAAGCUCCCUGGUCCUUGCGAGACCCAGGGCUACGAGAAGGAGUAUGGCCAGGACUUCUUCCAGAUGCAAUCCGAUGCCAUCAAGCCUGGCCAGAAGGUUCUUGUUAUCGACGACAUCAUUGCCACUGGUGGCUCUGCUUUUGCUGCCGGCCAAAUGAUCAAGAAGCUGGGUGGUGAACCUAUCGGCUUCGUCUUCCUCCUCGAGCUCGCAUUCCUUCAUGGACGUGACAAGCUCCCCGCUCCCGUCCACACCCUCCUUACUGGCCAGGAGUAA